UCCUCGACUCCCUCCGUUUUCACCUCCCUCGCACAGCACCAUAUUGCACAACACCAUUCAUACCAAUAUGCAUUCUACUACAAACUCGUGGUCAAACUACAUGAUGAACCGCUGGGAUUCUCAGCGGCGUGAGGAGGCGUCGUCUACAAUAUACGGUCAAGUAAAGGCUCGUCUGGCAAAAACCAUCGCUCUCUUGCACAGAGAAACCGCACCCCCCACAGGGCAUCUCUGCUUGGUUUUUACAGACAUUCGAAAUUCCACGGAAUUAUGGGAGAAAAACACGGGCAUGCGGAUCGCUAUACAUGUGCACAACGAUCUGCUACUUCGCCAUCUCAUACAUUGCGGUGGUUAUCUCGUCAAGACGGAAGGCGACGCAUUUAUGUGCACCUUUCCAACCACUCUCGCCGCGGUCUGGUGGUGCCUGUCAGCUCAAAUAUGCGAUGAAGGCAAAGAGGUAUACGACGCGCACGGAACGCUCCUUGCACGUGGCCUUUCGGUCCGCAUGGGCAUCCACUCAGGAUCCCCAUUGUGUGAAACGGAUCCUAUCACUGCGGCCCGUAUCUGUGGUCAUGCGGCAGGCGGCCAGAUUAUGUGCAGCGCCAACAUGGUUCGCGAAAUCCAGCCGUGCCUGUUCGAGGCUGAUUUGCACUCGGAGUUUCAGCCCGCGCAGGCCACCGAAGCAGUCCAGCAGAUGGUCCUCGUUCCCGCUGGCAAACUUAAAUUGAAGGGUUUGGAGAUUCCGGAGUUGGCUUCUCUUGCCUAUCCAGCAAUCCUCCAAGGGCGCCAAGAGUUGGUCCCAAAUCUGCCAACGAACGACGAUACCUCAUCCGAUGACGUAUUUGUGGAGCUAUGA